AUGCAGUACGCACCGUUUGCUUCCGACAUCGAAUUACCUUUCUAUACUUCACUGGCUUCCCAUAAGAUCAAUCACGACAAACUAGAUGACUCUGCCCGCCCCGUCCUGGGACUAUACGAAAUCCGUCCUUCUGAUCCUGAGGCCGCAUCAUGUCGAAUCCAAAUUCAUGGGAACGCCCUCACCAGUAGCGAAGCCCCGGCUGGCUAUUACAGAGCAGAGGGCAUGAUCAAAAAUGUCAAUACCGUUGAAGAAUAUCGAAACAUGGAUAGACCCCAUCUGCUUCACCAAGCUGGACAAAUGAUAUGGGAUGCUAUCCACGAUGGAACAAUACUUUCAUGUCCCUCCCUACUCUGCAGCUUUGUGAUUGUAUCUUUUGCGGACCUCAAAAAAUUCAAGUUCCACUACUGGUUUGCAUUUCCGGCAAUCCACUCAGAUCCUCAAUGGGUCCCCGUGCAACCAACAGAUCAAGUAUCCCAGCCACACCAGGAUCAUGAUAUUGACAAUUUGAAGGGAACUCAUUUAUCUCCACAUGAGAGCACUGCUUUAGUGGAAGCGGUGCAAACAUGGUCAUAUAUUGUGGAUCAUCGACAACGAGGUUUCUUUUUAGCUCGAAAAUCCAGACUGCGUCCCGAUGCAUCCUCAGACGAUCCCCAGACAAAGAGCACGCAACAAGACACAUCAAAUAGCAACUGGCAGAUAGCAUCGCUUUCCGAAUAUGAAAAUGGGUUUUUCAAGAAUGUCGCUGCUGAAGACUGUUAUUUCUGUUUCUCAGACCCAUCAAAUUAUGAACAGGCCCCAGGGUGGAUGUUACGAAACCUGCUCGUUCUGAUCAAGCAGCGAUGGGGCAUCGAACGGGUGCAAUUGAUACGCUAUCGCGACGUGCACGCGAGGCGUGAUCAGGGGCGCAGUACAGUAAUUCGGCUGGAGUCAAGUUCAAAACAAGAGCCUCAGACCCCGAAAUCACUGCAAAGCCAAGAGUCGUUGCCGCUGCCAAAGGUAACCGGCUGGGAACGUAACUCGACAGGGAGAUUGGCCGGGAGAAUUGUCAAUCUUACAGAGUACAUGGAUCCCAAGAGAUUAGCAGAUCAGUCCGUCGAUCUCAACCUCAAACUUAUCAAAUGGCGGAUCAGCCCGGCGCUCGAUCUUGAGAAAAUAAAGCACACGAAAUGCCUCUUGCUAGGAGCUGGUACAUUGGGUAGCUACGUCUCCCGGAAUCUGCUGGGCUGGGGCGUGAAGAAGAUCACUUUCGUCGACAAUGGGACCGUUUCAUUUUCUAACCCUGUUCGACAGCCACUAUUCAAUUUUCAAGAUUGCUUGAACGGUGGCGCCCAAAAAGCACAUCGAGCAUCCGAAGCCCUAACACAAAUUUACCCAGGAGUAGAGACUACAGGUCAUGUGCUUUCGGUACCCAUGGCAGGCCAUCCUAUUGUGGACGAACAGGUGACAAGGGCCGAUUUUGAUCGUCUCCAAACACUGAUUGAUGGACAUGAUGCCAUCUUCCUCCUCAUGGAUACCCGAGAAUCACGAUGGUUACCCACAGUGAUGGGGAAGGCGGCAGGGAAAAUCGUGAUGAAUGCAGCUCUAGGGUUCGAUUCCUUCGUGGUGAUGCGCCAUGGUAUCACGGAGGAUGAAAAACCAGCUGAGCUUGGGUGCUAUUUCUGCAACGAUGUAGUAGCACCAGCUAAUUCUACCAAAGAUCAAACUCUCGACCAGCAGUGUACAGUGACCCGCCCUGGAGUGGCUCCUAUAGCCUCUGCACUUUUGGUGGAGCUUUUCGUGUCACUCCUUCAGCACCCCCAAGGCGCUGGCGCACCGGCCCCCAUGGCCCGCAAUACCGAGCGUGAUGAUCAUCCCUUAGGCAUUGUGCCCCAUCAAAUACGAGGAUUUCUCGCCAAUUUCGACAACUUGUCCGUCACCGGCAAAAGUUAUCCGAGCUGCAGUGCAUGCUCGGACAAGGUUGUCAGUGCAUACCGCGAGCAAGGAUGGGACUUUGUGCGAAGAGCCUUGAAUGAACAUGGCUAUGUUGAAGAAUUGAGUGGACUAAAAGAGGUCCAUGAGAAGGCGGAAGAAGCGCUAGCCGAUAUUGACUGGGAUGAGGCAUCUGACAAUGAGGAGAUCGAGAUCCUUUAG